AUGCUAUACCACCACGCUAUAAAAUAUGCACUCGCAUUUCCAUCUAUACUCCUCUGGGUGGCAGCAUCGUCCCUCCCACCCCUCCGCGUAAUGCCUCUAGGCGACUCCAUAACACGCGGAACCGGCUCCCCAGACAUAACAGGCUACCGGCACAAACUGCGCAGCGCACUGCAAAACCACCAACCGGGACUCGAAGUCGACAUGAUCGGCAGUCUCCAGGACGGCGAAAUGGCCGAUAACGACCACGAGGGCCACAGCGGGAAAUACCUGUCUGAUAUCAGGGAAUACCUGGAGCUUUCAGUCCCCGCGAAACCGAAUGUUGUUUGUCUCCUUGCCGGGACGAAUAAUAUGGACCUUGAGGUUGAUCUUGAUUCUGCGGAUCAGAUUAUACAGGAUAUUAUUAACCGGCUUUUCGAGGCGAGUCAGGGCGUGACUGUCCUUGUGGCGCCGGUCAUUUGGGCGAAUGAUACGCGCAUGCAGGCGAAUACAGAUGCGUUUAAUGAGAAGCUUGACAAGAUUAUUGAGGGUAUGGAUGGGGAGCAGGUCUUGUCUGUACCAAUUAAUAUUACCCUUGGGGAUUUGUCGGAUCGGAAGCAUCCGAAUGAGCGUGGCUAUGGGAAGAUGGCGGAUGCUUGGUUCCAGGCUGUUCUUGAUGCGCAGAGCCGUGGCUGGGUUAGAGAGCCGGAGAGCGUUGACAAGGAUGAACUGCCUGGGAUGGGAUUGGGACAGAGUAAAGAUGGAGAGACGAGUGGUGCUUCUAGGGUUAGAUAUCCUUGGCUAGAUGUGAAAAGGAUGUAUAAUAGUCUAAGGUUAUAA